AUGCUUCAUAGACAUAAUCAGGUCAAUCAACAUGUACAAGCGUCUAUAAUGUUCUUAUCAAUAAUGGAUGGUGCAGAACUUGAUUUUAAUAAUACUCGUCUUUCUUCAUCUUCAAUUACAGCAACAACAUCAAAUCCAGAUGAUUAUGAAAAAGAUCUUCGAUUAGCUGCUGAACUUGGUCGAUAUUUACUUGAACGUAAUCAUGAAUUACAAAAUUAUAUUCAUAUUUUAGAAAAAGAUAUUGAUGAUAAACAAUGUGAAAUAAAAUUAUUACAUGCAAAAUUUCUUUCAACUCGAGAACAACUUGAUGCUAAAUGUAAACAAACAGAAUUAUUCGAUGCAGCUAAUUUUGAUCUUGAAAAAGAACUUUCAUUACAACGUCGAGAAAAUGAAAAAAAUCGACAACAUAUCAAAGAAUUAUUUGAUCUAUAUGAAAAAACACGUAAACAAUAUCAUGAUAUUGAACAUGAAUAUAGUACAUUUCGAGUAAAACAAUUUUCAUCAUAUUUUAUUUCAAAACAAACAAAUAUUCCAUGUCAAACAUCGAUUCUUUCAAUACCAAUAUCAACUAAACGACAACGUUCAAAUUCAUUUAGUUUAUUGUCAACGUCAAAUUCAUCUCCAUUGUUAAAUUCAUCCACAUCAUCCAAUCUAUUCGAUAACUCAUCCGUAUCCAUAUUUAAAUCACAUCUUCGUGAACUUAAAUCACGUAUUAAAUCAUUGACAAUUGAAUGUGCUAAAAUAAAUGAUCAACUUCAUCAAUCUGAACAAGAUAAACGUUAUUUAUUAGACCGUAUAAUACAACUUGAACGACAACGUCGUGAUGAUAAUGAUUCUUUACAGAAUGAAUUAAAUUAUUAUCGAAAAUUAUUAGAAAAAUAUUCUAAUGAAAAUAAUAAAUCAGUAUUAUUAAAUAUUUAUUCACCACCAGAAUAUGAUGUAUCAUUAUAUGAUGAAGUUUUUUCAGAAAAUAAUCAAUCAAAAUCUUCUUAUGAACCAACAAAUUAUAAAGAAUUAUUUUCACCUAUCUAUGAAACAUUAAAAAAGAAUAUUAAUCCUAUCCUUGGUAUAUUAGAUUGUAUAAAACCUUCAUUUGAAAAUUUAAUUGUUGAAAAAAAUUUUAAUUUAAAUAAAUUUCUUGAAAAUUCUUCAAUACAGAAACUUCUAGUUCAUGGUAAAGCACGAACAUUAAAUACAGACUGUUCUUCUUUUGGACCUUGGAUCAUUAUUGCAAAUAAUAGUACAAAAAUGAUUCUUGAAAAAGUUAAUAUAAAUGAUACAAUUCCACUUAAUAGACUUUAUUGUAUUUUAAAAACUGAUUAUGAACAUUAUUCAUUAAUUUAUAGUUGUGUAUCAGAAAAUUAUAUACAUACGAAUCCAUGUAAAAAUUCUACUUUAUGGUUAUUUAGUCGAACAAUAUCAUUAUCAAAUGAUUGUUUAAUUGAACUUGAUGAAUAUAUAAUAAAUAAUUUAUGUAUUAAUUUAACUGAACUUGAAAUAACACCACAAGAUGGAGAAUCAUGUUAUUCAUCAUCAAAUAUUUGUACUUAA